GAGUCGCGUAUGUAUGACAUCAGAAGUUAGGCGAAGGAUUAGCCUGAUGCAAGCCACUUUGCAGCAGAAUUUUUCUAGGGAAACUAUUUUUCCCCUUCGGUUCAUUACACUUUAAUGUGAAUCAUGGUUGACCGAUAUAGUGAGAUUGGCUUUGUCCAACAAAUACUGGGUCUAAAUUUGGUACCAAGGAAAAAUGGUACACUUGGAAACGACACAUCUUUGAGUGACUUCUCAGAGAUGUGGUAUGGGGUGUUCCUGUGGGCAGCUGUCUCGUCUCUGGUCUUCCACCUGCCUGCCGCACUGCUGUCAUUGGCCACUCUGCGCCAGCACAAAAUCGCCCGCUUCAUGCCCAUCGCCAUCAUUCUCAUGGGCAUCAUUGGGCCAGUCUUCGGAGGUGUUCUUACUAGUGCAGCCAUUGCUGGUGUGUACAAGGCAGCAGGGAAGAGGAUGAUCUCUCUUGAAGCUCUAGUGUUUGGUGUGGGCCAGUCAUUUUGCGUUCUCAUAAUCUCUUUCUUCAGGGUUUUAGCCACACUUUAGCAGGGGCCCCACAACAAACUCACUGUGAUUACAAGUAAAAUGCUCCUUUGUUUGGGGCUGUUACAAGUCCGGACCAAACGAUGUCAUUACCUGAAAUUAACAGAGUGGAUUUUUUUACUACAAUUGAACCCUGAUCUCAAAGUGCCUGUCUAAAAUAUUCCAGACCUGUUUGUCAAAAUCAGGAACAGAAAACUACUCAACGAUGGACUGCUCUGUGUUAAUUUAUUGCAUUUUAGUGCCCAAACUGUAGAUGUAAUUUCGAAGCUGGAGAUACACAAACAUUUCCCCACUUUUCCAUCUAUGCUGUGAGACAGCACAACUGUAUAUCAACUAAAAUAUUUCCCAAAUGUUAAAAGCUCAGAGCCUGGAUUUGUUGCAGACACACAUCCAUAACUAUGAUCUUAGUGAGGAGGCAAGAGCAUUGCUGAAUAAGUAGUUGUAACAAUGCUGCACUUGGCAUUAUGCUGAUUAAGUACAGGUGAACAUUGACAUAUAAACUUAUGAAUUCUGUCCCCUCACACACUAUUGCAUUAUUGUCUGAGCUUUGAGAAGUUUUUUUUUUGGGUAAAAAUGGCCCUGAUGGCAUCUAUAUGUCUAUAAUAUAUUGUAGAUGUACAGUAAAAUAUCCAGAUAGUUUUAAAUAUAACUUUUGAGUCUUGAGGCCUUUUUUUUAAAACUUAUUUUUGUUGUAGGAUAACAGAACUGUCUUGGAAUAACUUUCAUUAGAGCCUGUUCUUGUCAUUUGACAAUAUCUAAACCUUAAUUGUAUAUACAAUGAUGUAUGACAAUAAUUUAUUUGCUUUGUUUGUAUGAAACAAAUUAUUUAACUGUGCAUCUAUUGAAGAGGAUGCAAAUGAUAUUUUCCCCUGAUACUGUAAAGUUGUAAUUUGCAUAAAUUAUUUUUACAUGCUC